AUGGCCGCGUCCACCCUGUCCGUCUGCUCCAGCGACCUGAGCUAUGGCAGCCGCGUCUGCCUGCCCGGAUCCUCGGACUCCUGCCCCGACUCCUCCUGGCAGGUGGACGACUGCCCAGAGAGCUGCUGCGAGCCCCCGUGCUGCGCCCCGGCCCCCUGCCUGACCCUCCUGUGCGGCCCCUCCUCCCCCUGCCAGGGAGACUGCUGCACCCCUGCGUGCUGCAAGCCCGUCUGCUGCACCCCUGUGUGCUGCAAGCCUGUCUGCUGCACCCCUGUGUGCUGCAAGCCCGUGUGCUGCACCCCUGUGUGCUGUAAGCCCGUGUGCUGCACCCCUGUGUGCUGCAAGCCCGUCUGCUGCACCACUGUCUGCUGUGAGGACUCCCCCUGCACAACCUCUUCAUGCUGCCAGCCGUCCUGUUGCACCUCCUCCCCCUGCCAGGAAGACUGCUGCAAGCCCGUCUGCUGCACCCCUGUCUGCUGCAAGCCCGUCUGCUGCACCCCUGUGUGCUGCGAGGACUCCCCCUGCUCAGCCCCCUCCUGCUGCCAGCCCAGCCCCUGCUGCAGACCCUCCUCCUGCCCGUCCUGCUGCACCUCCUCCCCCUGCCAGGAAGACUGCUGUACUCCUGUGUGCUGCAAGCCUGUUUGCUGCACCCCUGUGUGCUGCGAGGACUCUCCCUGCUCAGCCUCCUCCUGCUGCCAGCCCAGCCCCUGCUGCAGACCCUCCUCCAGUGUAUCCCUGCUCUGCCGCCCCGUGUGCCCCCGCCCUGCCUGCUGUGCCCCUGCCUCCUCCUGCUGCACCCCUGCCUCCCCCUGCCGGCCCAGCUGCUGCCGUCCGGCCUCCUGCGUGUCCCUGCUCUGCCGCCCCGUGUGCAGGCCCGCCUGCUGCGCCCCUGCCUCCUCCUGCUGCCGCCCGGCCUCCUGCGUGUCCCUGCUCUGCCGCCCUGUGUGCCCCCGCCCUGCCUGCUGCACCCCUGCCUCGGGCCAGGAGUGUUGCCACUGA